UCCAUUUAAUGACGUCAAUAGAAGUAGCCAAAAUGGUGGAUACUGUAAAAUAGUUUAUCAAAAUACGUCUCUUUUUUUCUUUCUAUUAACACUUUACAGAUCUACUUUGUUUCUUCCCCUUUAGUGUUAUAAAUCUAGAGAUGAAAAUCUAGAUUAAGUGUCAAAGUGACAGCUGUACAGCGCCUUCAACAACGAGAAAGUAAUAAACAUGAGCGAGUCUACUAAGUGUAAAGCUUUUGAGGAUUCCACUAUUGUUGCUUGUGACAUUUGACCUGGAUAGCUAAAAAAAAUAUUCUUUUAUCUGAUAAAAUGUCAUUGGAAGACCCUUUCUUUGUCGUACGAGAUGAGGUACAAAAGGCUCUGGGUGUUGUUCGUAAUUUGUUUAACAGAUGGAGAGAGCUACAGGAGAAUGGCGUCAUGUCCUCGCGAGAGGAGUUAGAGUAUACCACCAAUGAAUUGAGAAACAGCUUACGCAGCAUAGAAUGGGAUCUCGAAGACUUAGAAGAGACUGUUGGCAUUGUUGAAAAAAAUCCCAGAAAAUUCAAAAUCUCUGAAUAUGAUCUACAAGAGAGGCGAAACUUUGUUGAGAAGACGAAAUCAACUGUCAGGGACAUGAAGAGCCAAAUUUCAAGUCCAGGGAACAGACAAAGGGAAGAGGCCAAUGCCAGACAAAUUCUGAUGACAUCAAGCUCCAACGGUCCUAAAGCUCCACAAGACAAAUACAAACGACUGGAUGAAGAAAUGGAACAAGCCAAUCAACGCUUCAUCAAUGACACACAGCAGCAACAGAAGCUAUUGAUAAGAUCUCAGGAUGACCAGCUGGACAUGAUAGGCUCCAGUGUUGGCGUUUUAAAAAACAUGAGUCAACAAAUCGGCAGUGAAUUGGAAGAUCAGAAUUUGAUGUUAGAUGAAUUCCACCAUGAGAUGGAUAACACAGAGAAUAAGAUGGACCAGACUAUGAAGAAAAUGGCUAAAGUGUUACACAUGUCAAAUGAUCGCAGACAGUGGUGCGCUAUUGGAGUUUUAUCAUUAGUGCUUCUAAUCAUCAUCAUUCUUUUCUUUUUGGUAUAGUGAACUCACGUCUCUAAUUAUGCAUUGUCGUUGUGUGUACGGGAAUGUAUUCAAACUUUUGAAGGCAGACAGAAUGACACUAUAUAUGUACCUGUAUGUAAGUUUUCAUCAAAUAUUUCCUUGGGAUCAUUUGAACUUGUUCUUGGCAUGCAGGAAACUGAGGAGUAUCUCACACAUUUUGUUUUUGGCUAAUGUUUUGGUGUAAUGGUAACUCUUAACAAUCUGGAUGGUAAAUUCAUGUGACUGUUUUCCUUAAUGACCAUAUAUACAUCUGGUUAGUAUACAUCUUUAUGUCUUGCUGUCCAGGCUGGCUGGGAUCAAACACACCAUCAGUUGAGAAAUCUUGUGUUUCAAUCUUCAAAUAAACGUCUUAAUAUUAUUCUUCUUCAACCUGAUAGCCCAUGCAAGAUGGCUGCCUGGUUUGUGCUCUGAACUGUCAUCUUGAUCGCCCUGGGUUUGAACCCUCCCAGUCGCCACACUCCCCCUGGUCUUGAGGGAGGCUUAGACUAGGAUGUAAUAAUCUUCAAUUCUGAAGGAACAUCCAAAAUAUGUAAAACAUAUUUCAAAAAUUACAAUCCUGAAGAAUGGAAUAGUUUGGAAAUGUUAUUAGUUUUCUGGUUCAUGUUUGAUUAAAGCUCUCAAUCAAAUGAAGCCCAACAACAAGCUUUUGUAUUAAAUGUUGUGCCAAGUCUUCAAAAUGGAGGUUUUCAUUAUGUUCAAGAUUUCAAUUUCUCGCUAAAUUAUUUGUACCAUACCGGUACUCUUAAGUAAUUUCUUACAUAUUUUUUUUUUAUGUUCACAAUUUCUUAGGUGUACAGUACCGGUACCUUAAACUUGUCCACAUUAUAUUUUACAUAAAAACUAAUCAGAUCUUUUUUCCAAUAUGUCACUUUUGACUUGGCAAUACAUUUGCAAACUUCCAAAGUGAUCAGUGCAACUUUUGUUAUGUAUGCUGGUCUUAAGUGUAAAUGACUAAUGAUUAUCUAGUGUGGAUUUUUUAAAAAGUGGGAUUCAAGUGAGCUAAUAAAAUCUCGCACAGUUGUCUUAUAUUUUUUAACUUGGCUUGUCUUGACUACCUAGAAGGGGGCUCGAGGUUCGACACCCGACUCAGGCAGAGUUGCGUUUACUGAGCGCCUAAAGGCAGCACGGAAAACCAACUCCUAGAUACCCCCUCCCUCCCACUGGUCCACAAAUGAGAUUGGACCAAAGCGCUCUGAGCAUGCUAUAAGCAUGAAAGUAGCGCUAUAUAAAAGCUAUAAUAAUAAUAAAUUUAGUUUGCUUAUGAAAAGGCACUUUAUAGUGACUAAAUUGAAGCUAAAUGUCUGGAAGAUGUACAGAUUUUGUAGUAACUUUGUAUUGAGUUUUAUUUCUGCUGCUCUUACUAUAAUUCCAAUGUUAAGAAUUUUUAACAUAUUUGUGAAUAAAACAUAGGGACUCCUCUCCAAGAGGCUCCUCUGUUUCUAUGGCUAAUGUUUAAAUCGUGUGGCCAGCACAAUGACCUUCUCUUCAUUUCCACGAAAUUCAUCAGGAUUAGAAAUGGGUGUCCUAAAAAUGCAGAAGUUCAAAAUCCAACUGGGAUUUGAACAAGACUCCUCAGCAUGGAGACCAAGCACUCUACCACUCAGCCACCUUGCCUCAUGAAUAAUAAAUAUUAACAUAAUAUCUAAUGUAUUAACAACACAUUUGUUAGGCUAACUAAAGAUAGAUAACAGUUACCGGUACACAAUAGUUUGACUUGGGUAUUUUACAAUGGUACUGUCAUUUUAAUUGUUUGUACCAGUAUUUUGAAGUGGUAGCAGGCAUGAUUAACAUUGGGUAUCUACACUUCUACCGGUAUAAAAUGGACCGAUAUCCUUUAGUUUACAUGGAGACGCAGUGGCCGAGUGGUAAAGCACUCUGCUUCUGAACCAGGGCUCCCAGGUUUGAAGACUGGGAGUUUAAAUUUCAGGAUCUUCAGGGCACCUCUGUGUCCACCCAGCUCUAAUGGGUACCUGACAGUUGGGGAAAAGUAAAGGCGUUUGGUUGUUGUCCUGGCCACAUGACACCCUGCUUGUUAUAAUAUAUAGGAGCCAAUGGGUUAAUGUCAGUAGUACAUAGGAGCCAAUGGUUUAAUAUUAUGUUGUUUUUUUUAUAUUGUCUCUCAAGUAGAGUUCUAACAGGUUGUAAUAUUGAUGAUGAUAUUGUUUCUCAACUUUUUUUGGUGAGAAAAUGUUUUGAACACUGAUCAAAUGAUCAAUGAUGGACUUGGUUAAUUAUUUUUUCUUUAGCAUGUCUAUCCAAGUAGAACUUUUUUUUUUCUGCUACUUUUGUCACUGAAGACUGUUUUAAUGACAGAAAAUGUCACAGUCUGCGUCAAGUCUGUAGUUGCAACAUUGCCAGGAUCAAACAUUUUUUCAUACCAGUUCCUGCUGCUGUAUUGCUGAAAUGAAAUGGUCGUAUUGUCCUUCUUUAUACAACCCACUAGCAAUAGGUUUUGUGUGAGUAGUAGCUUAAGAAAAUGUAUAAUAAUAGACAUUGAAACUUGACUUCUGCUCAGAAGAUUACAAAAUUUCGAAGCACAAACUAAUUGAUAACUAGUACAUAUGUAUUUAAAGAAAAUAAUUGUAUAGAGACUAUGUAUAAGUUGCACCUCCUUUAUUUGUGUGUGUUGUGUAGUUCAUUGUGCACUUUAAAAUGUGUAAGUGCUUCCCAAAAAAAAAAGUAAAA